CUUUAUGCCCUGCAACAUGGAGACAGUAAUGAAUGUAAUGAAUGUCCGGCAUUAGGAGGAGGAGUUCUUAAAGUGAGUAGGAGUUUGAUCCCUCGACCGCCUCUAAAAAGCAUAACUGAAAUUAUUUGUCAGUCUGUUAGUUUAGAUCUAAACUGUAGCUUUAGAGAUCAGUAGCAACGUUAUGCAGAGACCUGGACACAAAAGUUGACAAAGCAACAAAAUAUGGAGGCUGAUAAAGAAGAAAACUAACAGAGAUGAAGAUGAUCUCCAGGAUCCUGCUGCUCCUCAUCCUCAGCUCAUGUCUCUGUGCAGCAACAUUUGUAGUGAAUGUGACACAGAGCAGCUAUCAGGCAGAGGAGAACCACAGCAUCACUCUGGAGUGGACCUUCACCACCAAGACUCAGGGAUCCUGGAAGAAUCUGUUCAUCUACUGCAGCUUGUUGGCUCCUCAUAAAGAAUUGAUCUUCUAUCAGGUCCAUAAAGGUGUUGAGAUUUCAGAUUCUCAGGAUGAACAGUUUUCAGGACGAGUCCAGAUUGACAAAGACGUCCUCAGAGAAGGACGAAUCAGACUCCAUGUGUCCAGACUGAGGACUGAAGACUCUGGUCUGUACCAAUGUCAGGUCAACACAGAAUAUGGACAGGGCUCUGCCAGCCUUCGACUGAUCGUUAAAGAACCUCAGACUGUUGGACCCACAGUGAGAACAGAACCAGAGAGGAAACAAACCACCAACCUUGGACUGAUAUUUAUUCCUGUGGUUCUAUCUGUUCUGAACUUUGGUAUUAUUUUAUUAAUCAGAAAGAGGAAACGAAAAAAUCUGAUGAGGAUACAAAACGUCAGAUCCACAAACCUUGAGGACUUUAAUUCUGUUUGACAUCAGUUUUAAUCUGAACCAACACAAGUUUAAGCCCAAGACUCUUCAGGGUUUGGCUGAAACAGGCGGAUGUUAUUCCUCUACUUUUCUACAUCUUAAUAAAUUAAAACUGAUGAUCAAAAUACAAGCCCAGGAGAAUAUAAUACAUACCUAUUUAAUUUUACGGCUGAUUCUUAUGUUUUAAUACUUUUUAGCUGAAAGGUUCAAGUCUUUGUUUAAUUCAACUUGAGCAGAAAAACCAGUUUGUAACCUGAAAGUGAAACCUUCAUGUUGCUGACAUAAAUACGCCUCCUUCCUGUUUCCAAUCACGAGUGAAUCUGAUGCAACAAAUGCAGAUAAUAACUUCCUCUACUGGACUUUCCUCACUCACAACGAAGCCUCAGUCACUGUCUGAUCGUCUCUCCUGCUGAAAAUAUUAAUAAUCACAGUGAGGAGAAUCGGCUCAAUACUCCACUACAAAGUCACACCUGAGAGAGAUGAAUCCGGAAGAAGAGCUUCAGUCACACAUCUUUUUCUACAUUGGUUCACGUUACGACGAGCUCUUGGAUCCCGGCUGUGGCUGACAAACAGAAACAAACCAACCGGUCUGACGGCUCCUGGAAAAACUGCAGAAACGUCUCUUUGGUUUUUGUUCUUCUGACCUUGAGAAAAUGAGUUUGUUCUUCCUCCUUCUUCACCUGACCUGCUCUGUUCAGGGAAUAUUUACAGGUGAAACGCCUCCAGCUGUUCACGAAACAGAAGAAGACGACAACUUCACCCUCGGCUGGGACAGCCUGACCCAAACCAACACGACCCUCACCAGUGUGAUCUGUUUUCUCCUGCUGAGUCCUCCUAAAGUCCUGUAUCGAAAGAUAAGUGGAGCUGAGGCCCCAGAGUCUCAGGAUGGACAGUUUUCAGGACGAGUUCAGAGUGACGGGAGAGAAGGGCGACUCAGACUCCACCUGUUCAGACUGAGGACUGAAGACUCUGGAAGUUACCGCUGUGACCUGGCUGCUUAUAACCAGGUGUUGAGGAAAUGGGAGCUGCAGACUUCAGUGACGUUUGUCCUGAACGUGACCAAAACCUCUCGCGGAGACACGUCUGCGUCUCUGAACACACCAAAGCCUCGCCUCAGCGCUACUGCAGAAAAACAAAAGCUUCAAAUAAUCAUGGUUACAUUUGGCACAGUUCUACUAGUUUUCUUCCUACUUGCCGUUGCAAUUCUGGCUUGUAGACCUUCUGGAAUACAAUGCACAGGUUGUCUAACCAGAAAUAUGGAUGAAUUAGAGGACAUAGAAAUAAACGGGAAUGAUUUUGAAGAGAUGAACCUUAUGAUCAACCACUGAGCAGAUCAUCUUCCAUCCGCAUCUGCUCCAGAUGUUCAUCAUUUCAUCUCUUCGAUUUUUGCCUCCAGAGAUUCUUCUAACAAAUUACCAUCAGCUUAUAGAAUAGAAACAGUCUAAUUAUAUUUAUUAACCCCCAAAUGGUACAUCCUGACUAUUUCCUUCUUCUCUUAUCAACUUUGUCGCCGUUUCUGACAUUAAGUGGUAUUUUGCAAAACUGAAAUGUAUCUACACAAUCCAUCAAAGCAACAAUGUGUGUAUAUAUUUAUGGCAUUGAAUCAUUUAACCAAACAUUAAUGUUCUUAGGGUUUCAUUGUUUAACUUUUAGGGUUUGUUUUAUUUUUAUUAGCAAAGUUAUAUUUUAUUUCUCAUAUUUGAUGUACGUUAUGUUUUAUGGUUUGCUUUAAAAAUUAAAAUGAA